UUGAACAACCUAUUUAUAUUUAGAGAGAUAGAUAAGAAAUGGGUGAGGGAAUAAGAGGCUGUUCAAUGGUGGGGAAAGUGGUGUUUUGUUUGUUGUUGCUGCAACAAUUGAAGAUGGGUUAUGCAACCAUUUACAAUGUUGGAGAAGAGCUUGGUUGGACCUUUAAUGUCUCCUCUUGGCCCAUUGGAAAGAACUUUCAUGCUGGAGAUAUUCUUGCAUUCAGCUACAACCCGUCGAUGCACAAUGUGGUAGUAGUUGACAAAGUGGGUUACAAUUGGUGUUUGACCCAUCCGAUAGAAGCAACUGUUCAUCGUUCAGGAAAGGAUCAAAUCAAGCUUGUUGAGGGCAUGAAUUAUUAUAUCUGCAGCCGUCCUGGCCAUUGUCAAAUGGGAAUGAAACUUGCUAUUAAUGCUACUUCUUGAUCAUAUAUAUAUAUCAUUAAUAAUAAAAAAAUUAAUGAGCUUUAUAUAGAAGAAAAAAAAAAAAAAGAGAAAAACUUCAUAAAUUUAACUUGAUACUUUAUAUCAAAGUUAUGAGUUUAAUGCGUCAGUAAACUAAAUUAUUAUUCAUAUAUGUUUUCCUUUCUCUUGUGUGAUUGCAUUUGUUUUUAUAUUUACGUGUCUUUUACGUUUACGAAGUACUUGUGUAAUAAAUUAUGGUGAUUAUUUUCUUCCCUUGUUUA